GGCUAGCUCAUGGGUACACUCUUUGCUUUUUCAUAAUGGGAAUUAGGUCAUGACGUCCAAACCCGUCUGCGGCAUAUAAAUACCCACCAACUCUGCAUCUAAUUUUCUAUAACCAAGAAGGGUAGUGAGAAGCUAGCUAGGGUUUUUGUUGAAAUGGGUACUACUAUAUCUCAGUCCAGUUUCUUUGGUGUAAUAUUAUUUCUCUUAUUUGGGGUGCUUGGGGAAGUAGUAAUAUUGGCUGGUGGAGCUAGUAGCGAUUCGAGCUUUGAUGUGAAUUACUAUGUCACAUGGGGAAGUAGUAAUGUUUUGUCUCUAAAUGAUGGAGGAGAAAUUCAGCUUUCGAUGGAUAAAUCGUCCGGGUCUGGAUUUGCCUCCAAACAAAGCUAUGGAUCUGGCUUCUUUCAUAUGAGAAUAAAGCUACCUGACAAGGACUCUGCUGGAGUUGUUACAGCUUACUACCUAACUUCGCACACAGAUAAGCAUGAUGAGCUAGAUUUCGAGUUCUUGGGGAAUAGAGAAGGGAGACCUUACACUUUACAAACAAAUGUGUUCUCAAAUGGAGAAGGGAAUAGAGAGCAAAGGAUCCAUCUCUGGUUUGAUCCCACGGCAGAUUUCCAUGAUUAUAAGGUCCUGUGGAACCAACACCUUAUUGUGUUUUAUGUGGACGACAUCCCAUUCAGAGUGUUCAAGAACAACGCAAAUAUUGGGGUUAGCUACCCAACGCAGCCAAUGCAAGUAGAGGCAAGCCUGUGGGAUGGGGACAGUUGGGCCACAGAUGGUGGCCAAACCAAGACAAAUUGGUCUCAGGCACCAUUCAAAGCCCACUUCCAAGGUUUCAAUAUUGAUGGUUGCCCAAGUAGCAGUACUACUACUCAAGGCCAAUGUUACUCCUCCAAUUUUUGGUGGAACCAAGAGAAGUACUGGAAGUUGGAUUCCAAUCAGCAAAAAGCCUAUGAAAAUGUGAGGAACAAUUAUAUGACUUAUGAUUAUUGUUCUGAUAGGCCUAGGUACCCUAAACCUCCCGCAGAGUGCCUUGAUCAGUGACAUGGCCCUGCUGGGCAGACGUAUUAUUACUAUAAGAGACACAGAGAUGAAUAAUAUUACACUUGCUAACAGUAUAGUAUAUGUUAGCAAAAAUAAAGGAAGAGAGGUCAAUAACCACUUCCAUUCCAUGUUGUAGUAUCCCUUAUGUUUUACCAAGAAAUAAUUUGGUUACCAAGUGA